AUGUUGGACACAUCACCAUCCACUCAACACAGCAUCUAUGUCUCUGGCAAUUUCGAGAUUGAAAAUAGAGUAUCCCCAAUCACCAUCGCUGGCUCUGGCCCUGAAUACAUUACCUAUGCUGUUUCAAUUGGGUGUAGAGGUGCUGACCGUGAUGCAAGAUUGCUGUACGAGAUCAGGGCCACCGGUCUCGCAGCCGAUGAACAUAAACUCUACAAGGACCACACCUACUUCCUCCGUGGUCCUUUUUUCCCCACAAACCUACCUCAGACUGAAAGUGAUCAAUUUAUAUUCAAGGGUGCUGACGCUACAUUGAUAGCAUCACUUGAUAACUAUGAGGGAGAAUCCGUGGACUCGGUUGGUAUAUCUGGUCUCGGCAUUGUUAUCAACAUUGAACACAUCACCGAGAAAUGUUGUCAAUACCUCAAAAAAACCGGCCAGGAGGAUGAUCUACAAACAACAGUUGUUACUAUGCAACAUUCCGAAUUUAACCCCAUUAGUCAAAAGACUCACAUGAGCAAGGUAGAAUACCUAAUUCGGCCCACCCCAAAUCUUGCUUGCAUUGCUACUUAUUUGAAAACGGGACGUGAAUGCGCAAUACAUGGAUAUAUCAAAGACUUCAAUGUGGAAACGAGCUCCUAUGUCGUUGUAUUCUGGGUUGUCCUGUCAUUUAUUGUUUAUGGCAUUCAUCAUGCAGGCAAACAAAUUAUACAUGACAAGUGGUUAUCAAGAUUUAACAGCACCCACCAAAGCAAAAACCGUGGGAAAUGGUAUACCAUCAAAGAAGCCAGUCAAGUUAGUCAGCAUUUAUUCAUAUGUUUCUCCCUGUCAUUCUGGACUUUGCUUACAUAUUCAAGUAGGUUUGUAUCAAGGGCGGUCUCCUCACCAUUCGUAUCGCCCAUUCCUACUUCGGGCUUUUCCCGGGCAGUUGUUUCUGGGUCUGGUGAAGGAUCCGAAUUGCAAGUGGAAUCUGGGUCCGGUUCUUCCCCCGCUUUGUCAUUACCAUCGACGUCUAGCAGUGUUCCAAAAGGCCCAAAGACCACUGGCCAACCACCAAAAAAGAGAGCCCGUGCUCCUCCAAAAGCCAAGGCCAAGAAGAGUGUCACUAUUGCUAAAUCACGAUGA